GCAUGUGGGGUGUCACGUGGACGGUGUCUGUGUAAACAACAUCAGCUACGCAGACGACAUGGUGUUGUUGAGCCCAUCGGUGAAGGCACUGAGAAGGCUCCUGAGUAUUUGCGAAUCCUAUGCGAGCAGUCACGGAUUACAAUAUAAUGUAAAAAAAAGUGAAUACAUGAUCUUUAAGGCCGCCGGUAAGAGACCGGAAAUGCCGCCUCUUGAUGUGCCGGUCAUUUGUCUCAACGGUGCACCAUUACAGAGAGUUUUUAGUUUUAAAUAUCUUGGGCAUUAUCUAACCGACGACCUUAAAGAUCAUUUAGAUAUUGAAAGAGAACGCAGGGCGCUGGCGGUGAGGAGUAAUAUGUUGGCCCGCAGGUUUGCUUGUUGCUCGAAUCAAGUCAAAAUCACGCUAUUCAAAGCGUUCUGUCAGAGCUUCUAUACGAGCAGCCUGUGGUUCAACUGCACUCAGAAGUCGCUCAGUGCCCUGAGAGUUCAAUAUAAUAACGGCUUUCGGGCGUUGUUGAAGCUGCCCCGCUUCUGUAGUGCUUCAAAAAUGUUUGCGGAGGCGCGCACAGACGGUUUUCACGCCAUCAUACGCAAAAGAACUGCCUCGCUAGUGAAUAGGAUGCGGAGCAGCUCUAACGGCAUCCUGAAAAUGUUUGUAGGAAAGCCUGAUUCUCCCAUGCACAAACAUAUUAAUAAAUUAAUGAUCAUGGGUAGUUUAAUUGCGUGAAUUUUAAUUUUGAAUUUUAAUUUAAUGUAGUUAUUUUAUUGUGAAUUUUAAGUUAAUUUAUUUAUAAUAUUUGAAUUUCAAUUUAAUUAAUUAAUUUAUUUUUAAAUAUUAACAAUAUAUUUUAAGUCACUAUGUACCUAACCCCAAUGGAUCCUAGUUAUCUAAAUAAAGA